GACCCACAGAAGGCGGCGAAGGCGAAGGCAGGUGCUGCGGGUGCUAGUCUUCCCGCCUUGUCUCUCGGGCUGCCGCGAGGAAGCAGCCCCAGCAUGGCUCUCCUUCUCCAGGGCCCCCUCCUCCUCCUCCUCCUCCUCUUGCUCCUCCUGGCCGCCCUGCAACGAGGGGAGAGCCGCUCUUUCCAGGUGCGGGAUGCGGCGGGCGACGAAGAGCCCUUCCUGCGGCUGAAGGCGGAAUGGAAGCGGGAACUGGCCGAAGGGCAGCUCUACCGACGGGCCCUGCGUUGCAUUGACAUGCUGAGUAUAGAAGGGCAGUUCACCUUCACUGCAGACCAGCCCCAGCUGCACUGUGCUACCUUCUUCAUAGGAGACCCACAGGAGUUAAUCAUGAUGGACUUUGAUUUCAUCAACAUUGACUGCCAAGCAGGAGACUUUCUGAAGGUGUUUGAUGGUUGGAUACUGAAAGGUGAGAAGUUUCCUAGCUCCUUGGAUCAUCCUCUCCCCACUUCUGAAAGAUACGUAGAUUUUUGUGAGGAUGGUCACAUUAGGAGUACUAUCAGGUCAUCCCAGAAUGUAGCAAUGAUCUUCUUCAGGAUUCAUGAACCAGGAAAUGGAUUCACAAUAACAGUAAGGAAAAAGCCCAAUCUAUUCCCUUGCAAUGUCAUCUCUCAGACUCCUGCUGGAAGAUUUACUAUGCUCAUUCCUCAUCAGCACAGAAACUGCAGUUUUUCCAUCAUCUACCCAGUAAUGAUAAAAAUAUCUGAUCUUAUGCUGGGACACUUGAAUGGUCUUCAUUUAAAGAGACCCUCUGCAGGCUGUGGGGGAGAAAGAGAUUUUGUGGAGCUGUUGGGAGGAAAUGGGUUAGACCCCUCUAAGAUGUUUCCUUUAGCUGAUCUGUGCCACUCCUUUCAUGGCCCAGCUCAAAUGAAGAUUGGAUGUGAUAACACAGUGCUGCGAAUGGUCUCCAGUGGCAAACAUAUCAAUCGUGUUACAUUUGAGUACCAUCAACUGGAACAGCAUGAUCUGGAAACCAGAAAAGAGAACAGCCUUGAGGAGUUUUGCCUUUCCAGCAUCUGAGAGGGCAGACAAGUCUGUAAUGUUGUGUUGAUUUGGGGCGGCUAACUUUAUGAACCCUUUCUAGUGUAUAAACACUUUUUCAUACUAAAUCAUUCUUUCCAUGAUCAGAACAGUAUUAAUCCUAGCAUUUCCAAUAUAUUGUCCACCCCAUCUUCAAGUGUAUUUAGUAUUUCCAGUGCACACAAAUCUGUAUGGAAUCCAGAAGCAGCACUUGUGUAUGUGUACAUCAACUGAUUCAAAGCAAAAGAAAAACACAGAGACAGAAUCUGGGUGCAUGUUUGCAAUGCAAGUAUUACUUCAAAUAUGUGUGCAACUUUUGCAAUUAUUUUGAGGGCCCAUGCAAAACACAAAAGAUGUUGAAAUUCACAAAACAAUUUCUCCUCUUUUACAUCAGUUACAAACAUUUAAAAGAUAUAUAUAAUGAAACGACCCCCUCAAUUUUAUAAGAGUACAUUCUGUAUUUGUGUGUGCAAAAAUUAAUUGCUUGUUAAUUUAUUAAUACAAAUGUAUAAUUGGUUGUUUCUAAUAAAAUUUAUAGCAUGAAAAAGG